UCUCCAGGGGCAACCGUUAAGUCCGACUCAGCCCCCAGGACAGCUAGCACGGCUGCACUACGCCUGCGCGCGCGCCGGCUCUUUUGGAGCCACCCUGCUCUCCGCCAAGACGCAGCCUUCCGUUGCCAUGGAGCUGCGGGCCCAAACGACGACGCAGCCUCCGACCGACGGUGGCUGAGAGGCAGGAGGUUAAGGGGACAUCGUCAAGGGACCGUUCCUGAGGGGCUGGUGCCAAGGAGCUGUUCCUCCGGGGCCGCUGCUUGAGGAACCGUCGCCCAGGAGCUGUUUCCAGGGUGGGGGGACCCUUCUGCGGGACCACUGCCUGGGGUCAUUUGGGAGGGACCAUUGCUAAGGGGCCUGUCUCCAGGGACCGCUCUUUAGGGGCUGUUGCUGUAGGACCACUACCGUGGAUACCGUGGAGCCAUUCCUGAGGGGUUUGGGCAACAGUCCUUCCCUGGGGGACCUUUGCUGAAGUCUCAUCGCUGAGAGACAUUCCUGGACUGGCCAGAAGUUAAUUUCUGUCUCCCAGUAUGGAAGAACCUACUGCCCAGUUUUCCGACGAGGAGCUGGUGGACAACUUCCCUGCCAUAGAUGAUGAAAGAAUCCAGUUAGAGGAUCCAGAGUUUGAGGUGGAGCUGCCUCCUGUGGAAUUUGAGGACACCCCUGGCCUAGGAUGCAGCUGUUCACCAAAAGAGAAGGACGUGGAUGCCAAGAAAAUGAAGAAGACAACCACUAAAGACAAAGUCCAAGCGUUCCACCUUCGGAGGAGCUUGAACCUCAUAGACAAACUGCAUGAGGAAAAGGACCUUUUUAUUCAGAAGACUAGAGGGGAGCUUCAAGUCUGUCGGCAGAGGAUGGACCUCCUCACCAAACAGCAGGAGAGCUUGGCAGCUGAGAUCUCCACAGAGCGAGAAGCCAACAACAUGGCUGCAAUGGGCCGUCUCCAGGCUGCAUCCAGACGCCUGCAAACAGAGUUGGAGCAUGAGAAAGAUCUGCAGUCCAAAAUCACAGCUAUGCUGAAGGACAGUGAGAAUGCCAUGUGGCACAUUGAGAUCCAGAAGGGGCAAUUUGAAGAUGUCCGGAAGCAUAAUGAAGAAGAGGCAGAAGUUAGGCAUAGGUGCCUUGAGGUACACGCAGCUCAGCAGCUUCAAAAGGAGAAAGAAACCUUGGAGAAGGUGGAGCGGAACCGUCUGCUGAGGGCCCGGAAGUCCUUGCAUGUGCAGAAGGAGCUGGGGCUGAGACAUCAGAAACUGGUGGAAGAUGCCCAGAGAAACCACAAGGUGGCCGUGAAGUUCCUGAAGGCCUCUCUGGGAAAAGUUCGGGAGCGAGAGCAGAAGGAAGAGAUGGAGUCCCGAGAGCACUUGAAGCGACGCAUGGACGCUGUGCUGGCCCUGAAAAACAACAUCACUGCCAGUCGGGAAACGCUAAAGAAGUUCCAAGCAUGGGGCCAAAGCAGAGCAGAGCUGGCUAAGCAGAAGGCCCUCACAGAGAAGGAGGUGAUCCUGGCCCAAGGUGGAGAUGCAUUCAGGCACCUUUGCUAUCAGCGCAGGCACCAGGAACUGGAAGCCCAGAGGCGGGCUUUUGAAGAGGAGCAGAAACUCCGGAAGCAGGAGAUUGUAAGUCGAAUCCUGAAAGAGGAAGCAGAGGAAGACCGUAGGAGAAAGAGGCAGCAUCCGCCCGCUACAACCACAGAGCAGCAGACUCUAAGAGACAAAACUUGGAAGUACAUCUCUGACUUUUGUGAAGGAAAGACUGCCACGACCACAAACUACCUGCUGGAAAAUGAGAUGCCAUUCUACCCCAAGCCUUCCUGUCUAUUGAAAGCCAUAUCCAGUGAGUCUGUGGUGGAUCUGGGGACCAUUAGUACAGAGGAGGAGGUGCUGGCUGAACCAGAUAUCCCCGGGCUUUGGAGCAAAGACUAUAAGUCAUACCAGGUAUCAAAGCCAGACACAGAACUGAAACCUGUGGGUGGAACUAAGAUGGACAAGGACAUCCUGGCUCGCACUAUGGAGCAGCUGCGCAGUGGGAUUAUCCACAAGCAGGUGGUGUCUGGGAGGGAGUUCAAGGGCCGCCCAUUCAACAGCAAGCCGGAGGUCAUUCACUUUAAGGACUUUGAUAUUGGUAAAGUGUACAAGAAGAAGAUCACGUUGAUAAAUGCUACCUACACAAUCAACUAUUGUAAGCUGGUGGGUGUGGAGGAGAGCCUGAAGGACUUCAUCCACAUUGACUUUGACCCCCCUGGUCCCAUGUCAGCCGGGAUGUCCUGUGAAGUUCUUGUCACCUUCAAGCCUAUGAUAAAUAAAGAUCUGGAAGGAAAUGUUUCAUUUUUGGCUCAGACCGGAGGCUUUUCUGUUCCACUGAAAUGUUCAACGAAAAAAUGUUCUCUGUCCCUUGACAAGGAGCUCAUUGACUUUGGCAGCUAUGUGGUGGGCCAGACCACAUCCCGGAUCAUCACAUUGACCAAUGUCGGGGGCCUGGGCACCAAAUUCAAGUUUCUCCAAGAUUCUCAGUUCUAUGAGAUGGAAGAAGCCCAACCCAUCAUGAAAAUAAGCAGCCUCUACACCUGUGAGGACAAAAGUCCCUUUGACAAGAUCUUUGCCAGUCUCUCUGAGCAACAGCUUGAUAUCAAUGGGUCAUCCCCAAUGGACAUCCAGAGCCAAAAAGAAUCGGAGAAACUGGAUGAAGCAGUGGUUACAGCUGUGGCCAGUGCCAUGACGACCACGGUUCCCAGCGAUGAGCAGGCAGAGAUAACCCUGGGGGAGGUAACAGAGGGAGAAAUUGGCCCCUUCAGUUCCAUCAAAGUACCCAUUAUCUUCACCCCAGUUAUCCCAGGAGAGGUUCAGACUAAGUUCAAGGUCAUGUUUAAGAAUCCAAAGUGUCCAACGUUAUAUUUCAGAGCCACUGGUAUUGCUGUAGAUGUGCCAGUCUGGGUGCCAAGGGCCACUGUGGACCUGAAGAUCUGCAUGUAUGACCGACUCUACCAAGACUCUAUUAUUGUCCACACGAGAUCAAAAGCAGCCCUGCGCCUUAAGUUUGAAGUCUGCAAGGAACUGAGAGGCCACAUAGAGCUUCUGCCAGAGACGGGCUACAUCCAGGCCCAGUCCACUUACUCAAUACAGCUCAAGUUCCUGCCUAGACACUCCCUCCCAGAAGAUGCAGGGAAGUAUUUUGACCCGGACAGUCGUGUUCUGGAGGCUCCGAUGACAAUCUGGGUGGCUGACCAGAUCAAACCAGUGGGGUUCACUGUCCAAGCCGUUGUCACCACCUCGGACUUGGAAAUCAGCCCCGUAGAGAUAAACUUUGGCUUCUGUACCAUCUAUGAGGCUAUCAGGACAGAGAUCAGCCUCAGCAACCUCUCCCUGCUGCCGCAGGAGUUUGGGUUCGUCGGGCUUCCAAAGUAUGUGGACAUUCAGCCCAAUGAUGGGUUUGGAAUGAUCAUGCCACUGGAAACCUUGCAACUUGAUGUGAUCUUCCGGCCCAUGAAGGCCAAGGACUACAGAUUUGAACUGAUCUGCAAAUCCGAAAUAAACCGGUGCUUCAAGCUGUCUUGCCAAGCAAUAGGUGUCCACCCACCCCUAGAGCUGUCCCACUACCAGAUCAAGUUCUCAGCCACGGCCCUGUAUGGCACCACCGUGUCCACGCUGUAUGUCAUCAAUUCUCACCUGAGCAUGAACAAAUUGAUCCACUCCUUGCCUCGAAUCGGGUCAGAGGAAGCCGCCCCAGUGGGACCAACAUCCUUUGAGUUCUUGCUGCCCCCUAAUUUGCCCAUCACUAUCUCACCAUCUGUGGGGACUGUGUUACCAGGAAAGAGGUGUCUGAUCCAAGUGGCCUUCCAACCUGUACUGCCACGUGAGAUGAUCCUCGGGGAAGCCGCUCAGAUCCUGAACAAGGAAAUGGAGAGCAAACAGUUCCGAAAGGAAACAGCCCAAAGGAAGGAAAUGUGGAAACAGUCUAUGCCUGUGAUGCGGACUCACAACCGGGACCGACUGACCCGGGCCUCCACUCUCCAUUCUACAGAGCUGCAGAGGCAGGAAGUCACAGCUAGUUCCAGUGAAUACCAAGCUGCACAAGCAACCUUGGCCAGAGCCUUCCAGGGGAAGUUUUACAGAUUUGUGGUCCCCUGUGUCGUUGCCAGUGGUGACAUCAAAGACAGGAAGGCAUUGGAACCUCUGAGCUUCAGUCCCCAUAAUACUCUAUAUCUGGAGCUAUGGUGCCCAGCAGUGGCUCCAUCCAUUGUGGUGACAUCCAACAAAGGCAGACCAGUCCUUAGCUUCGGUGAUAUUGCUGUGGGGCAUCGAAGCAUAAAGAAGAUCAGCCUCCAGAACAUUUCUCCUGAGGACCUUACUUUGGAGUUCUCACUGCUGAACCCCAAUGGCCCCUUCGUUCUGCUAAACCCCUCCAACAAGAUAUGCUCUGGCGAGACACAAACCCUGGUGCUGUCCUUCUCGCCCCAGGAGAGCAUACUGGCUCAAGAAACACUGGACAUCAUCACCAAGAGAGGGACUCUCCCGCUCACCCUCACGGGCACAGGCGUGGCAUCCAUGAUUACAUGCUCCAUUGACGGCAAUGUCUUCAACAUGGGCUACGUGCUUGCCAGAGAAUCUGUCUCGACCAGUUUUAAGCUACAGAAUGAAUCCUCGCUUCCCAUUAAGUUCUGGAUGCGGCUGGAGAGCCUCUCCAUAAAAAGAGCCGAGACCCGGCAACAGCUACCAAAGUUCCUUACCUCCCACGAGCAGAGGACUGAAAUUGUUGGUGAGUUAACACACUGCCAGGAGCCACAGGGACACAGAACCACGAGGAGGUAUGUGCUGGGGAAUGAGGGCACUACGCAGGGUGGAGUAGGGCAAGGCAGAUCAUGCAGAGACUGGGCAAAAGGGAACGCAGAGGGGCAUGAGCUCAGUGGAGCAGGACUGGUAGCAUUGAUGAUAACCCCUGCCCUACCCACAGGCACACAGAACCACAAUGGCCAGAGCGUAUUCAGUGUUGUUCCGGUCGAGGGACUCAUGUUACCUGGGAAGGCUCAAGAAUUCACUGUCACGUUCAGUCCAGACCAUGAGAGCCUCUACUUCUCUGACCUGCUCCAAGUGGUGCUCUUUGAAAAGAAAGUCUCCCACCAGAUCCUCCUGAAGGGUGCUGCCCGUGAGCACAUGAUGUUUGUGGAGGGAGGAGACCCACUGGAUGUGCCUGUGGAGAGCCUGGCAGUGAUCCCUACCUUGGACCCAGAACACAGAGAAGAAGCCGAGGAGAUAAAGCCCAUUCUGGUGACUUUGAACUAUGUCCAGUUUGACACAGACAUGCCAACCACACCUGCCACCCGAGAGCUGCAAGUGGGCUGUAUCCGGACUACCCAGCCAUCCCCAAGGAAGUAUCGAUGCCUCACAGACUGUGGAGUUCAACCUGGACGGUAUUACAUGGCUUCAGCACAAGGGCUUCUCCAUCGAGCCUUGCAGGGGUUCUGUGGAGCGCGGUCAGACCAAAACCAUCAGCAUCUCCUGGGUACCGCCUGCUGACUUUGAUCCAGACCAUCCACUCAUGGUGUCAACCCUGCUGCUGCUCCGGGGGGAUGUAAAGGAAACCUACAAAGUCAUCUUUGUGGCCCACGUGGUGGCUGGGGUCUGAGGUCACAGGAAACUACAGAGCCUCUUGGACUUUCCUAUCCACUCUUGAAUCCCUUCCCAGGCUGUGGGUCAAGCCAACACAUUCCCUUAGGCCCGGAACCUGGGCAUCCCCUGCUGGGCAGGUUCUAAUGAAUAGUCCCAGAGCCAGGGCUCCCCAGCCCUGCAGACAUGGCUACUUCCUGCUACCCUGGGAGCAAACCAAGACCCCGCCCACCUCAAACCAAGAAAUAGUAAUCCAUCCAACUCACCACACACAGCCUACUCCUAGAUGCACCACCCCUAACCCUGGAUCCCAAACCUCCCAGCACCUCUUCAGGCUUUGGAGAUCCCGGGAGAUAUCACAGGCCUGUCAAUAAACUCUAAGAACCAA